AUGAGUGAUGACGAGGAUGGGAAGAGGUUUAAGGAGAACACUAAUGAGCUGAUGAGCUUGUUGGGGUCGUUCAAUGUGAAUGAUUUUGUGCCGGUGCUCAGGGUUUUUGAUGUGCAGGGGAUGAGGAAGAGGAUGAGGAAGGUGCAUGAGGUGUUUGAUGUGUUCUUGGAGAAGAUUAUUGAGGAGCAUUUGGAGAGUAGGAGGAGAGGGGAGAAGAAGAAUGAUUUUGUUGAUAUCAUGUUGUCGAUUAUGGAGGAGGAGGAGGAGAAUAAUGGAGAGUUUCGGCUUGAGAGAGCUAAUAUCAAGGCAGUUGUGCUGGCGGAAAAAAAUCGAAUCAAGGGCCGAGAUCUUAGAUUGAGAUCGUUGGAUGAGUCUCUUUCCCAAAGGGAUCUGCGAGUGAGAUCCAUAGAGGAGGACAUGCUGGAGGGUUCAAUGGAAACAUCGAGAACGAUAGAGCUCAUCCGGCACCCAAGAGUGCUGACCAAACUGCGCCAGGAGCUGUCAACUGUCGUCGGCCCGAACCGACAAGUCCAAGAAUCCGACCUCCCAAACCUCCCGUACCUGGCAAUGGUCCUCAAAGAAAGCCUAAGACUCCACCCCUUAAUCGCCAUCCUCUUCCAUCAUGGCAAAGAACAAUGCGUCGUCAACGGGUUCAAAAUCCCCAGAAACUCCAACCUCAUUGUCAACUUAUGGGCCAUAAGUCGCGAUCCCAGCGUUUGGCCACGACCCGAAGAGUUCAUCCCUGAGAGAUUCGCUGAGGAGAAUAUUGAUGUGAGAGGACAGGAUUAUAGGUACUUGCCGUUUGGUUCGGGGAGAAGACUUUGUGUCGGGAUACAGUUCGCGCUGGUAUUUUCGCCACUGAUAAUAGCGCAGAUUGUGCACUGUUUCGAUUGGGAGUUGCCGGAGGGAGGGAAGGCGGAGGAUUUGGAUAUGACGGAGAGGUACGGGCUUACUAUGCCGCGAGCCGAGCAUUUGUGGGCGAUCCCGAGUAAGCGGCCGCCGUUGUGCGUCUAAGUAGGGUUUGAGUUAUAAGUGAUUAUUUUGCGAGUAAGUUGUAAUAUGUUGGGGGCAAUAAAUCAACUUGUCGGGCUUGAUUUAAUAAAGAGGUUGCUUUGGUACUCCGAAAAUAAGUAUUUCUGUAAGUUUUAAAUUGGCAGAGAUUUAAA